AAUGGAGCUCUGGCGUCCAUGGAAGCUUCGCGCUUCUCCAGGCAGAAUUCCUACGAGCAGGCCGUCGCGGCGGAGCAGAGUGGGAACUUCAAGCCGCGGCGCAGCGUCAAAGUCCGGAGCCUAAGAUCUGCGGGUACCCGGGACCUCACUGCCGCGAACACACGGCUUGGGCAACUACUGGCGCCGUUGGUGCUCACCUGGCAGUUCGAGUUCUUCUACGCAGCACUCAUCCUUUCGCAUGCAGGUCUCCUCGGUGCGCAGAUCGAAUGGGAGGCUGCACACUUAGGGGCAAGUCCUCCUGAUGCGAUGGUCUACACACAUCUGGCCUUCACCUUCCUCUUCAUGAUCGAAAUCGUGCUGCGCAUGUCCACGAUCGGUGUAACGAAGUUCUUUACCACGGGCGAGUACGGCUGGAACAUCUUCGACUUGUUGAUGGUCUCGCUAUCCGUUGUGGAGCUCCUGGUGGACCUCAUCUUGCAGGAGAACUUUGCCUCUGGGACAUUUCGAAUCCUUCGAAUCCUCCGACUGGCUCGCUCCGCACGAGGGCUGCGGAUUGUUCGGCUGAUCCGAUUUAUCCGCCCCCUUCGGAUUCUGGUGUUCUCCAUUGGCAUCACCCUCAAGUCUCUGAUCUGGUCCGUCAUCUUGCUGCUUCUCAUCAUCUACUUGUUUUCCAUCCUCUUCUCCGAUGCCUACCUGACCACCAUGACCAUGGCACCAGACCAAACAGUCGACGCUGAUGAACUACGCAACUUCUUCGGAAGCCUGCAGAUUUCAAUGUUCACGCUUUUCGCAGCAAUUUCCGGAGGUUUGGAAUGGAGGCAUGCAAUGUCAUCGUUGAACAUGGUUGGCUGGGUGUGGACCUCCCUCUUCAUUCUGUACAUCUCGUUUUGCUGCUUUGCGGUGUUAAAUGUGAUGACGGGGGUGUUUUGCCAUUCUGCAAUCGCCGGUGCGGAGCAAGACCAUGAGUUCAUGGUCCAGUCCAUGGUGGGCGAACAGGAACGGAUACGGACGGUGUUCUGUGAGCUCUUCCAGAUGAUGGACCACGACGAGAGUGGCAUGAUCACGAUAAAGGAGUUCGAGCAUGGCUUCAAGGUGGAGAGCACGAGGGCGUGGUUCGAAGCAUUGGGCAUCAAGGCAGAGGAUGCAUGGACAAUCUUCCGUAGCCUGGAUCGA